AUGUUUGUACUUAAACAUGGUAAACUAGACAAUUUUAGCUGCUUCCGGUAUGAAAACUAUUUACAAGACUUAAAAAAAUCAAUCAAAUCUAUUAAAUACCCAUUGCAAGAAAUAUUUAAUAGAAUACUAGAAAGUCAAAAAAUAAGUAAUGAACUUCCUUCUCAAUUAUUCUCUCCAAUCCCAUCCUUAUGCAAUGAAAUUAUACAUAGAAUUCCUUUACCAUUUUUUAAUACUAAUGAUGUACUAUUUGAAAAAAUUAUUUUACCAUAUUCUAAUACAUCAAUAAAUAUUAAAAAAGAAAAAGAUAAAUACUUAAUGUUAACAAAUAGUAAAAUUGUCUCUGUUCAACAUAUUAUUGUGUCUCAGAACAAACCAGCGUGUUUAAUUGUAAAACAGUUCCUUAGUUUUUCAGAAUUUACCACUGUACCAUUAUCAUCUUUUAAAAUUGGUGUGUACAUCAUUGACACUACUAAAAUGUCUGAAUUGUUUUGUGUAAAUUUAACUGAAAUUAAAUACAAAUGUUUUUUUAUUAGGCUAUCAAACAAUUUAGCAUUGAUUACUUCUUUGAACCAUGCAGUAUAA